AUCAGCUGAGCAAAAAGGUUUAUGUUUGUACUCAAAUUGUUUAUUGAAUGAGUUAUGUAUUUUGAGGUUAUUUUAUGUAAUCAAUUAAAGGUUGUUGCGAACAAAGACUUUGUUUUUACAUUUGAAAAAUAAUAAUCUUUAGAAUGCAAUUGGUUAACUUUCGCUGCGUUCUAUACAAACUAGUUGCUCCAAGAACUGUGUUUAAAAAUUGUAAAGACUGUCGUUUUUCUACAGCUUCUAAGUCAACAAAUGAAGGUGAAAGUGAGAAAGAGACACAUUUUGGCUUUCAAACUGUACGAGAAAGUGAAAAGGUUCAAAAAGUGUACGAGGUUUUUGAAAAUGUUGCAAACAAAUAUGAUGUAAUGAAUGAUGCAAUGAGUUUUUUUAUCCACAGAAUAUGGAAAGAUGUUUUUAUUCAGAGAUUAGCACCAACGCCAGGGACAAACUUGUUGGAUGUUGCUGGUGGUACUGGUGAUAUUGCCUUUCGUUAUCUUAAAUAUUUAAAAAAUUUACCACCUUCAAGCGAUUUAGUCUCUCCUCCAAGUUCUGUUACUGUAUGUGAUAUCAAUCGAGCAAUGUUAAGUGUUGGCAAAGAGAGAGCAGAGAAACAAGGAUAUAGAGAACCAGAAAUAAAUUGGCUGGAAGGGGAUGCUGAAAAACUUCCUGUAGAGAAUAACACAUUUACAGCAUAUACAAUAGCAUUUGGUAUCCGUAAUUGUACUCAUGUGGACAAAGUUCUUGAUGAAGCCUACAGAGUUCUUAAGCCAGGAGGACGGUUUAUGUGUUUAGAAUUUAGUCAUGUAAACAAUGAAGUCCUUCAAUGGAUUUACGAUCAAUAUUCGUUUCAAAUGAUACCAGUUAUGGGACAAGUUAUUGCAGGGGAUUGGAAAUCUUAUCAAUAUUUAGUUGAAAGCAUAAGGAAAUUUCCUAACCAAGAAGACUUUAAAGAAAUGAUUCAGUCCUCUGGAUUUAGUUGUGUUUCUUAUGAAAACUUAACAUUUGGUGUUGUUUCCAUCCACUCAGGUUUCAAACUUUAGAAUAUGAUAGUUUUAGUUAAUAAUAAGUUGUUAAUAUUUAUAGAAUUAUCAAUAAAUCAUUAAAGUUUGUACAACUAGAAAUUUACUUGAUUAGCCUAAAUCUUGAAAGUGCUACUUGAGUACAAAUAUUUUGCUAUGUAGCAGUAACCUUGUUAAUUUGACCACGUCGUGUCAGUAAAUAGGCCAACUAUUUUUAUUGAAUGUUAUGUAAUUAAAUGUUAAUAUCUUACUUUAUGUAAUUAAAUGCAUGUUUCCAUAUUUUAUGCAAGAUUUGUAAAGUAAUUGGAACUCAAAUAAUGGUAAUUCUCAGCAAUUAAUGGGUCAACUUAAAUUUCUUUUUUAUUUUAGUAGGACAAUCAUGUAGUCUUUAAAAAGUGAGAAACGUGACAAUUAUUCUUUUAUUCAUAUAUAAUAAUGUAUUGACUGUUUUCCAUGUACCAGUGAUAAUCUGUAGACCUUCUUAUUGCUUGGCAAUGUUAACAAUGCCUUUCCGACAAUUUUCAGGUUUCUUGCUUUCCAUUAUUCUUUGUAAAUAAUUUACUAAAAAUAUGAAAGAAAUUGAAGUUGACCCAGUAAUUGCUAAAAUUUACCCAAAUAUCGCUAUUCCAACAUAAAUCCAAGACAUGCAAAUUAAAUUUUGGUUGACAAAUUUAUUUUUCAAAAAAGCAAUUAAAUUCAUAAGCUCA